GUUCAUCAGUUCAUCACCACGACCGAAAUAGAGUUGUAGACUCAUAUACCUGCCAGUGUACCUGACUACAACGGUACUGUAUGUCAGAUAAUCACGGCCUGCCACAGCCCUAUUAUAGGCGCGGCCUACCUACAGCAUCCAACCUACUACUACGACAGUAUUUCUCACAGACGCCGACCCUCCAAGUUCCCACCCCUUCAUUGCAACCCCUCUCCGUCUUCGCAUAACGGCAAGCAUGAUUCCAGCAAUGAUAGUUCGAUGUUCAGCCCCCCUCCUACCUCUACAAGAAUGAGCGAUGUUUGACUCAACAAGCUUCGGCGCGUGCGUGGAUCGCAAGGACUUGUCCCGAAGCGGCCAUGACUCUACAUCAGAAGCUCGACGUGAUGAUCUGAUGCAGCGACAAAAGAUCGAUCUCUGCCCUACGGGGUGAUUGCCCUGUCGCAUCUAGGCCCCUCCUCCGAGACGUGGUCGCCAUGGCAUCCCGAGCCAAAAUCAGUCCUCCACGUUCCUGGCGCUAGCUAGCCUCGAGGGUGGGUUUGCAGAAACAAGCAAUAGACAUACAAUUUGACAGAAUCUGGACUAUAAAGAUGGGGUCCAGAUGAAGGGUCAGGUGACCAACAAGAGCCGCCUUCUAAGGACUCGGGAGGGUCCAACAUGAGAGCAGGGGUCACAAUGGCCAUCAUCAAGCCACCCUAAUCAACACUAGACCAACGGGGCCAACUUUGUCUCCCACGUCAACCGCUGCCAAUCUCCGCCACCAUCUGUCACUCUCGGCGGACGGCUCUCUCAUUGCCAUAGCGACCUGUCAGGCUUUGACGCCUACUACGUCUUCAAGCCGACAUUGCGACUUCGUCCCGAGGCUUCCCAAUAUUACAUUGUAUGGUCUUCGUCUUCAUCAAGUCCCUCGAAUCGUUUCAUGUUUACUCUUUCAGCUUCUGUGCCUGCCACGGUGACGGGCCAUGUUGUCUAUCAGUGUGGCUCCAGUUAGCACUCACCUCCAGUGUAACGAAAGAAAUGCGCUUAAGGUUUCCAGACUCUGGCUCUGUACUGUACACAACAUGUCUCUCACGAAAAUCGGGUUCCCAAGCCCCCAUCCGUGCACGGCGACUUGCUGUGACCAUCAGUUACGUCGCCCAGGUUCCGGCACAGACGGUCUCAAGGCGCCGUCGAGCGCAGAGGUCAUCCCAAUGCUGGUGCUUGUUGCCACACACGUAUUCAAUUCCCCGGUACACCAAUUAAUGGUCGAGCUUCAAUUUCGGAGCACUGAGGCUUGGAACACCGAGUAGUCUGAGCACUGCUCGUACCUGGCCGUUUCGUUGUCACCUUAGAGUUCAGCCUCGUUCUGGACCCGCGUUCAGUAGGUGAGUCUGCUUCGACAUGUACCAAGGUCUCUCCCUAUGUGGAUGAUGAGGACUGUGCACCUUGGAGACGAUCGUCGGUAUUGUUUACUCGCCUCCUUAUGGUCAUAUAUUCUUUCUGUUGUUGCUGGCCAUUCUUUCGUGCAUCCGUAUCAUACAUUUUUCCCUUCGAUAUUGAACGACCAACAAUUCAGCGGCGCGACAUCGCCGCACAUUCGUUAUGAAGCCCUCCUGUCUCAUCCUCUCGAUAUGCCUAUGGGCCCUGCAAACCGACCUCUCUUUUGCCUACUGGCGCAUGGCUUGCAGCGUUUCGCAAACCGCUAGAAUCGACCCCAUCCUCAACCCAGGAGGCGUGUCCGGACACGCCCACAAAUUCGCCGGCGGAAGCAGUGUAAACGAGAAUUCUGACCACGACUCUCUCUUGUCUUCAACCUGUUCCUCUUGCGAGGUUCAGAAGGACAAAUCCGCAUAUUGGACCCCCCAGUUAUACUUUGCUCAUGCCAAUGGCGAAUUCGAAGAAGUGCCAAAUUAUGGAAUGACAGUGUACUACGUUGGACGCGGCGGAAAUACGUCUAACACGGUUCCCUUUCCCAAGGGGUUUAAAAUGAUCUCUGGAGAUACCCGCCAGCGCUCAUAUGAUAACUCGACCUUGACAUAUUUAGAUACACGGCCGGUGGCUGAUAGGGUGAGUUUCCGCUGCAUUAAUGAAGCUAAUGAUAUUCCAGAGACGCACUAUAUCUCGCAAACAAAUUGCGUGAACGGUCUGCGAGCCCAACUUAACUUCCAGUCCUGCUGGGACGGUGUCAAUAAUUACCUGGAGAAUUCAGCACAUGUUGCUUAUCUCUCCGGCAUUGACUACGGCGAGUGCCCGCCUACCCAUCCCGUCCCUAUCCCUGGACUCUUCUUUGAGGUGCUCUAUUUCCCGAACCUAAUUGAUCAAUCCGCUGGCGGUCAAUUCGUGUUCUCUAACGGGGACCCUACCGGCUUUGGUUUUCACGGAGACUUCAUGAACGGUUGGGACAUGGACGUCCACACCGAAGCAGUGAAAAAUUGUUUGUAUACAGACAACAACGGAGUAAUCAGCGCCUGCUCGUACCUUGCUGAAAGUGACGAUGUCAAUUUUGCACGCACGUGUCCCGAGCAGGCGUCAGUUCUCGACGAGCCUGUCCAUGGAAAUCUUACUGCCUUGCCAGGGUGCAACCCCAUCACCCCAGGUCCCGGUUUGGCCGAGCAAGUAAUUUGCCCAGUCAACUCCCACUCAUCCAGCAUAUCAGGUACAAGCUCCGUUCCUGCUGGUACAUCGAGCGCUCUCGAAUCCUCGGUGAGCAGCUCAAUCAUUGUGGCAACAUCUUCAAUCCAGGCGCCGACCAGCAGUACAACUAGCCUUCCUGCUGCCCUUUCCUCCUCGAUAUUAACCUCGGCCAUUGCAUCCAACCCGACGACUUCGACAGCCACAGUAUCCAGCUCUCCUGGGUUGUCUAUGUCCUCGCUAAACGGACUACCCAGUACAACGUCCACCACAGUAUCCAAUGAAUUGCCGCUCACGACGUCUGCGUCUUCAACAGAUGAUGCCGCAAGUACAAGUCCCGUCUCGACCGCUACCAUUACGUCAAGUAUGCCGUCCAGCUCCGAAACAACGCCGACUGGGAGUCUCUCCACAGACGCAGGGUCGACAAACCUAUGGGGCCACGGCUGGUUUACUCGAUCCGGUUCGGGAUGGCCAUGGAGGGGAGGCGGUGUUUUUGCGCAGCUGUCUUCGACAACCGAUGGGACUCAGGCAUCCAUCAGCAUCUCGUCUACUGAGGCCAGUCAGGAUAACACCUCAGGCGCGCCUCAAACCACAACAUCUGCAACAUCUGCUCCAAGUCUGGCGAACACUGUGGGAGCGGAUGGUUUGAGUGCGACCACUUUGCCUGUGGUUACACAAACAGAAUUGUUGACGACCACAAUCACAGACUGGCUUACCACUACCGUGACGGUGACGGUAGGUGGCAAUACCGCUGGUAAUUUUGUGGCAAUCAGCAGCAGUGCAGAUGCCUUGUCAGGUUCUGUAGCGCCAACCACAAAACUGUCUUCAACAUUGGCACAGUCUAACACUGCAGUCACGGUUCCCAGCAGCACGGUGGCUGUCCCAACAAGCACCAUCACAUUGCCAGAUGGAGUCACCGACGAUGGGGUUCCAAAUGUUGUGACAGUGAUCACCGUAACCACCGUGAUUCCGGGCACAACGAUUGUCCAGUCAGGGACUACAGUCUCAAUAGACGCGACGACUACCACACAGCCAGUGAGUGUCGUAAGCAGUGCUGGGAACUUUUACACUAUCACCGGCAGCACAUACACCACAUUCUUUUCCUCGGAUCCGUCUGCAGCAGUUUCGGCAAGCGGAACCCCGCUGCCGGCAAGCUCGUUCAGCGCUGGGGGUACUUUCUACACAAUUACAGGGAGCACAACCACGACAUUCCUUUCGGAUGAUGUAGCAAGCACAAUGCCAGGAGGAAGCCUGGCAACUGGGCAACCGAGCACAUCUCUCUCUGAUGGUAUCACCUAUCCUACCACAGGAAGUGCAUAUACAACUGCUCCAGUCACCGGAGGGCUAAGCUCUUCAACAGAGCCGACAACAACAACAACCGUUCUCACCACGACCACAUUCUUUGUAACGGUGACCCCAACAAGCACCCGCACAGUGAGCACCUUGUCCACACAACCGACCGCUCCUUCGAACAGCACUUUUAUCACAGUCACCAGUGCAACAGCUGGAGAAGUUGCCAGCAGCAGCAACAACAGUGCCCUUGCCCCAUCAAGUGCAACCUUCAACGUUGCACUUUCGUCUGUCGCCAGUUUAUCCGACGAUGUAGCGACCGCGUUCGUCACUUUGACCGAACCCAUCACAGAGGAGACCACUUCCACAGUCGAUACGACCCUGACUCUCUCCACGGCACCGUCGAACACAACAUUCUUUACGAUCAGGGGCCGUGAGGUAACGUAUACCGGGAAUUGAAACAACUCACUCUUGCAGCAGGGAAAUUUUUAUUCGACAUGAAUCAGCAUUACUAACGACAGGAAAUAUUUGAGUUUGACUAAUUUACAGGAACUUUUGAUCAGGACGGAGGGAAUGGCAAAACAUUGUAGCACCACCGACAUAGAACGAUACCCACGGCAUAUAGUUGAUCGAGCAACGACGACUCGAACAAGGCGGACAGCAGAAUAGGGCAACGAGGGAGCAGGAGUGAUAUAUUGAUGACUCAGGGAACAACCACCAUUGGGGUGGAUUAAGGGAAAACUGGUGGUAUUAAUUUAUGGACUUUAUGUACGAUAUUGCUAGGGGGAAAUAAUAAGCGUUCCACAACAG